AUGAAGAAGUUGAAUUACUUAAAAUUAAAUUAAGAGAAAUUAAAUGAUAUGUAAAAAGAAAAUGAAGAAUUGAAAGCAUAACAGAUAUUAAUUUAAGAUGAAUUACUCAAAACUAAGUAACAGUUAAAUGAAUAAUUGCAAUAAUAAAUCUAAAAGCCUUAAGGUAAUGAUCAACAGAUUCAAUUCUAAACAGAUCCUGAAAAAGUCUUAUAAAUCAGCUCACUCUAGGCAGAAUGUGUGAAUCUUAAGAAACAAAUAUAGGAUGUUGAAUAGUAGAGAAAGGAUGAUCUAAAAUCUUUUGAGAAAAUGCUUGGAGAAGGAGUCAAUGAAACUUAAGUUAUUUGGUUAUUGGCUUACUCAUGGAAUAGUAACUCUAAUCUGAUUUAAGACAAUUACAAAAUAAAUUGUGAUCAAUUGUAGUAAGAACAAAUCGCAUUGUAGAAUUAAUUACUUUAGAAGAACAAAUAAAUUGUGGAUUUACAAGAUGAAACCAAACAAAGCGAGAAGGAAGAACAAAUUCGAGGAAAGGAUAACGAAAUUAAACUCUUGGAACAACAAGUACAAACAGCUAAAGAUCAAUAUUAGGAGCUUUUAGACUUAUAAUAAUAGAACUUAACUCCUGGAGGAUAAAAGGAGAAGAUAUUACAAUAAACCAAAGAAAUACAUGAUUAAGAAGAAGUGAUUAAUGAACUUCAACAGAAGGUGGAAACUGAGGUGCCACAACUUUAAGGUCAAUUAAGUGAAGCUUAGGAGAAAUUGAAAGAUGCACAAAAGGAUGCAGAAUUGUGGAAUAAAAAGUAUCAUGAAUUGCUAGAGAGCAAAUAAACUUAAGUUCAGAACAUUCUUGCUCCAGAAGAGAUUGAAAAAUUAAGCUCUGAAGAAGCCAAAAACGCUCUUACAUAAUUGAACAAGUAAUAUUCAGAUAAAGCUCAAGAGAAUAGAGAAUUUGAAUAAAUAAUUAAAGAUCAAUAAUCAUCUUUAUUUUCGAAAUAAUAAGAAAUCGAUUAAUUAUAGUUUAAAGUUGAUUAAGCUACUCAGAUUUCUAAUAUUUAAAAAUUAUAGCUAUAAAAUACUGCAGAUGAUUACACUAAUUAAAUAGAUUAACUAAAAUAAUUUAUUUAAGAUCUUAAAUCAUAAAUUGAUGAGCAUAAUCCUGCAUUUUGGAAAUCAUCCUACUAGAAGUUAUUAGAAGAAACAAGAUAGUUAAAUUAAACUAUUCCACAACAAGAUAUCCAGAAGCAAGAAUCUUAUAUUUUGCCUAAUCCGCCUUCCUAAACUCUAUUAUAAGAUUAUUAAUUGUUGAAAUAAUAAUACGAAGAUUUAUAUUAGGCUAAACUUUUACUUUAGCAAGAAUUAUUAAUUGCAUAAAAUCGUAUCUCAUAGCUAUUAAGUGAAUAAAUACAUAAACCUGUAGGUUAAGAAGAGCCAAUUUAAUUUUCAACCGAUCCUUAAAAAGCCUUAGCUGUAUUACAAUUAGAAUAGAAAAUCUAAUUAUUAAUCCACUAACUUUCUGAAAUUGAAAAAUUAAGAAAUGAUGAUUUACAGAAGUUUAAAGAUAUGAUUGGAAAUGGUGUGAAUGAAAGUACUGUUGCAACUCUUAUGCAAGAAAAGUAAUCAUUAUAAUCUCAAAUAAUAAAAUUCAAAGCUUAGAUUGACUAGAACUAAUAAGAGUAAAUUGCAAUUUAAAACUAAUUAAUUUCAAAAACACUUUAAUUAAUUGAAUUGUAAGAAAACAUCAAGCAGGAUAUAUCUUAAUAGAAAAUAAUACAAUUGCAGGAUGAAAAUAAUUUACUUCAACAAGAAUUAUAAAAAGCCAAAAAAUCUUACCAGGAAUUACUUGAGUUACAAUCAGAAAAUCUAACACCAAAUGGUUUAAAAGAAAAAAUUUUAAAUUAAUAAAAACACAUUCAUGAUUUAGAGGAAUAAAUUUUAAUAUCUUAAUAAAAAAAUGAGAAUGAGCUAUCAUCAUUAGUAGGAUAAUUAAGUGAAGCAAAAUAAAAAUUAAAAGAUUCCUUAACUGAUAGUGAAUUAUGGAACAAAAAAUACCAUGAUUUACUUGAAAGUCGUUAAAAUCUUCCAACAUUAGAAAUUGAAGAUUUACAAAAAAAAUUAUUAGAAUCCCAAUAAAAUACAGAAAAGGAAAAGGAAAAAUAUACUAAUUUAUUAUAAGAACAGUAUUCUUAACUUUCACCUACUUCUUCUUAAGCUAAACUUUUGUAAGCAUUAGAUUAAAUUAAUUAAUUAAAACUCUAGUUGGAAAUCAAUAAAGCUUAAGAGAUUUAUUCGGAGCCUCAAUAAUAGAUUGAUACUUUGCAAGAGGAAAUUGAAAAUUUAAGAAAAAAUAUUGAAAAUUUAGAAAAAAUAAAUUAAAUAAGCAAUGAAUAAAUUGAAUAUUUAAAAGAGUAACUAUAAAAAAAGGAGAUAAAUUAGCCAAAUUAACAAUUUUUAACUGAUAGUUAGGAAUUGUUAUAAAUCUAAGAAUAAAAUAUCAUGUAUUAAUCUCAAAUUAAUUAAUAACAAUAAGAAUUGCAAGAAGCAUUAAAUCUAAUUAAACAGCAAUAAGAUAAAGUUUUGGAUGCUUAAAAAGAUCAAUAAAAAGCAGAAUUUUGGAAAAAAUAAUAUACAGAUUUGUUAUCUGAAAAGUAUCCUUAAGAAAAAUCUAUUUAAAUAUAAGAAUAAAAAGAGUAAUAGGUUAGGGAAGUACCUUUACUAUAAGAAAAUAAAUAAAUAUAAUAACUUGAGAAUUAGAUAAAUUAAUUGUAAUCGGAUAAGGUCUAUCUCUCUUAAUAAUUGAUAGACAUUUAAAAUAAGUUCAAUAAUACAAUCCAACCAAAUUAAUAAUAAGAAUCUAUAAGUACCCGUCAAAAUGAUCAUAUUCACAGUUUAGAAAAAUAAAUCGAAGAAUUAUAGAGAGAAAGUAGAAAUGUUAUUGUAUAAAUGAGAGAAGCCCUAAAUGGAAACGAUUUGUAAAAAUAAAUAGCUGAUCUUUUAGAAAUUAAUAGCACUCUAAAAUUAAAUAAUUCAAAAUUAUUGAUUGACUUAGAAAUAAAUUAAAAAGAAUUAAUAAGGUAGUAAUAGUAGGUUUAAAUUUUAAACGAUACUGUUAAUGAUCUCUAAGAUCCUACAGUUGCUGAAAAUACAAAAUUACGCGUUUCAGAUUUAGAGAAAUAAAUUGAUUUAAUUGGAUAACAAGUCGAUUUCUGGAAACAAAAAUAUCAAUAAGUUUUAAAUGAGUAUAGUCAAUAAUUAUCUCCCACAAGUAUUUAAAAUAAAAUGUUAGAGUAAACAAAAUUAAUUCAUGAUCAGGAAGAAGCAUUAAUGCUUUUAUAAAAAACAAAAGAUUAAUCAAAAUUAGAAAGUGAUUUGGAAAUUAAUAAUCUAAAAUUGUAAAUUAAAGAACUUUAAGAGGAAAAUUUAGUUUUGAAAAAGAAAUUAUAAGAUUAUUAAAAUUAAACUUAAUAAUUAUCAAUCUAAAGAGUUAUAUCACAAGGAGAAAAUGAGCUAUAGGUGUAAUAUUGGAAGGAUAAAUAUUAAGAAGCAUUAGAAGCUUUAUAUAAAGAUCCUGAGCAUGUACAAGAAAUAAUUAAACAAAAAGAAGAAGUUGCUUAAACUUUAUAUUUUGAUAAAGAUUCACAGUCUAUUCAUGAUUUUGAAUCUGAUUUGAUCGAAAAAUUGAGAAGUGAAAAUUAAACAUUUUAAGGAGAGGUCACAUUUUAUAAAAAAAGAGUUUAUGAAUUAGAAUAAUAAUAAAAAAUUGAGCCUAGCUAAUAAGAUACUGUGCAAUCUAGAUAAUAUCAAAUUUCUUAACUUGAAAAAGACCUAUAGAAAGCUAUUUCAAAUUGUGCUUAUUGGGAAUAAAAGUAUAAUGAAAUAGCCUAACAGAGCAUCAAAAUUGAAACUUAAAAAUAUGGAGGUGACCCCACCUAAACAGCAACUUUUUGGAGACAAAAAUAUGAUUAAGUUGAGCUAAAUAGAUAACAGCUGAUUCAAGUAAUUGCUGAAAAAGAAGAAUAGUUAGAAUUAAAUAUGUAAUCAUUUUAGCAAAUUCUUAAAGAUGAAUUGAAGGAAGAACUUACUAAAAUAAGAACUUAAGAGAGAGAAAAAAUGGAAUAAUAAUUUUAACAAAAUUAUCCCUAGAGUGAGUCAGUUUUAAUAUAAAAAUUAAAGGAUUCUCAUGAGGUUGAAAAAGAGUAGCUUAUUUAAGAAUUUCUAAGAAGAAUUGAUUAACUUUUACAGAGUAAUGUAUAAAAGUAUCCUGAAGGAGAAAAUUGGAAAGAAUUGAUUUUAAGAUAUGAAAAAUAAAGAUAAAAUGAGCUCUAUGAACUAAGACAGCACUUGUAAAUUUUAUAAAGAUCAUAAAUAUCUACCAAAGAUAUAGAAUUUUAUGCUGAAAGAAGAGCAUACGAAAACACAAUUAAUGAAUUAAGAGCUAGAAUAUCUUAAGAAGAUCCUUAAGAACUAUAUGACACCAUUGAAUAUUAAAGAAAAGUGAUUUUAGAUUAUGAAAAUCAAAUCUCAUUUUUAUAAAAUGAGCGAACAAACCUAGAAAUGCAUAUUAUGUAACUAAAUUAGUAAAUUGAUCAAUUAAAGGACAACAUUUCAAAAUUCUAAAUAUAAUAAGAUCAUAGAAAAAGGCAAAGAGCUGAAGUGCUGGAAGCUAUAGAAGAAAUGAAACGAGAAAGAGCGGCUGAUAGAGAUUCUUUUAAAUCUCCUUACAGACAAAUGAGACAAAGUUAAAGAAGAACAUCUUGGGACAGAUAUCCAAAAGACUUUUUAAGGCCUUCGAAUAUUUAACAACCGUCUCCUUAUUAACAUUAAAGCUCACCUAUGCAAAAAAUUCCAUUCUAAUAAUCCUAAUUUAUAUCUCCUAAAUAGGAAAAUAGAGAAAUAAAUUUAAAAUUAUAGGAAUUAGAUGAAGUUAAAUAUAAGUACUAGUCAGCUUUGAAUAAUAUUUUAUAACUUGAAACCUAGGUGAUAGAGAAACUUCAGCAAGAUGAUUUGUAAAUUGAAUGA